AUGUCCACUCAUUCCGAGCAGAUACUUCGAGACCACAUCACGAACAUCCUGGACGAAUACGUUCUAACUCAUCUGACUGAAGGUGUUGAUCACAAAGAAUCACAGGAUCGACAUGUCGUCCAGUUACUCCUACAGGAACUCAAUAAAAUUCCAAUAUCCGAUCAUGGGUUUUUGCGCCCUCCUACCGAACCUCUCCAGGAUCUCUGGGACCGUCACGGGAUCGCUGGCAAUACCACCGAAUACAUCGAUGAAGAAUUCACCCAGCCUCGAGAAGUCUUCGAGGAAAUCCAUAGCGCUCUAAAGUUCAAGGGGCAUCCAAAGACAUCAACGUGUUGGGAUGACGAUGCAGCAUUUGAACUGAGAGAUGAAUUCACCGCGUUUGAACCUAGAUCGUCCAUUAUCACUCUCAAGGCCAUGAGGUCGACACCCAAAUUUGGUGCAGUUGCGAACACUGACCCACGUCCAAGGUCUCAAGUAGAUGCUGUCAGCCUAGCAAAACCACUGGCACUCACAAGUGAAGAAUACAAUCUGUCAUCCAUUGUUCUGGACGAAGUCCUAGAUAUACAAUCCCAGGUUGAUGCGGAAACGCUAGAUAUCCUGCGCAAAUCUAUCCAGAACAAUCCAUUUAUGAAUUGCGCUCCUGUCGAUUCCACACUUUCUCCAGCAGUACAGUCACUCUACCAUGAUAGCCAUCGGAUUCUAUCCCUACCGCGUGAAAUGACUCCCCCGAUAUUCCCUAGAAACGUCGCGGCUGGAACAACGUCAAUGCCCGCUCAGAUCGCGCAUCCUACACUCACAUCAGAGUUGGCAGAACUGUCAAGCAUAUUUCCAAUCAUUGACAUUAAGGAGGAAGAUAUGGAUAUGGAAGCUGAGCACCUAGCCAUCGUUGACGGGUGGCAAACAUUCCGUCAGGUGUCCUCGCCUUCAACUCCAUCGCUAGGAGAUGGGACAAGUGACAUAGACGAACUCUUCCUGCCUUCUCCCGAUCCGGAGCCCCUUUCUGUUACCCGCCUGUUUAUGUCAGAGCUCGAGCCGACUAUAUUUCCCAGAACGCGUGCAGAUACGAAGCCCACUAUCGUCGCGACCACGAAGUCCUCGGCUCGUCCAUCACCCGAUCACGUCCAGACCUCAAUAAUUGGACAACCUCCUACUACCCUCGAUACCCCAGCAGCAUCUAGUCAAAAUAUGCCAUCGGAUGACGAUGACUUCAAAGUCAUGCUUGAGAGAGUUCAUGGUGGUAUCGGGGAGACAGAGCUGGAUCUGAUUCUGCGCGAACAGCCGGACAUCAAAAAACAUGGAUUAAUGGACGUGCCAGAUCUGCCUCCACCGACCAUAGAAGAGGCUAGGAAACCGGUCCCUCGCAGUAUGGCCGAGCUCGUCUUUGCUCCCUCCAAGUUGCCACCACACGCCAAUCUGGAUUGCGCGAGCCCGUUCGGCUUCAUCAAGAAGCACAGACUCAAUGCGCUCAAUCUCGAACUUUCGUGGAGCGUUACUAAGUACAAAAUGAAGUCGCCCAUUCUGGACAACCUGUCUCACAUCGAGGCUCUAGCCCACCACGAUGAUCCUGAUGAACAUGAACAGGAAGUGUCUCAAGAGCUUCUGAAGAAUGUUGUCUCCAUCUUUGAGACGCCUAGGCCUUUGUCUUCGCUGGACCUGCUCAAGUCUCGGUCGAUUGCUCUAGAAGGUCUUCUGCACACAUUUCCGUCUCUAGAAGGGAGCUGGGAUACUUCUGAGAGAAUACUCACUAGAGAUGAACGACGGCGACUUCGGCAACUUCAUUGCGACCAGCCUCUACUCGAGGACGAUAUCUACUCUGACGAGGAUCAAGAUGCUCUAUAUACGCAUAUUGUACCCACUGGAUGGGACAAUGCGAACUCUAGUGCUGAGGAUCACCUGGCUUCUAAAUCUCCAGAUGCUCGCUACCACGGCCCCGAGACUCGCCCCCCUCUGUUUCUACCUACUCCAGCAGAUGUCCCAGUAACGGACAAUAUCAAUCAGAUACCGAACUGCCCUAAAGACUUCCCUGAUGCGGACGGGUACCGUAACCUGCACACAUACACUCCGCAUCUUACGCCUGACGAAAUGCAGAUGGCUGAAGACAUUGGUACCUACUCAUGGCCAAUGGACGACCAAAAUUUUGACGUCUUACCAGAGACUUUCAGGCCACUCUCACUGGACUCGACACAAUUAUCGCAGAUACCUUCUCAUCCCCAUCCUCGGUCACAUCCACCACAAGAUGUACCUUACUUUCCCUUCUCGUCGCCUCUGCCUGGUAGCUCCAUACCGGAAACUAGCGAUUCGUCUGUUUAUCCUCCGGACCAAAACAUGCUAUCUUCUUGCUCCAUCGAAGUUGCUAUUGCCCAUCUUAAUCCUCUGCUCCCACCGCCUCCUGCCUCUGAGCACGUCUUCGUGCGCCAAUCUCUGACGGAUUUCAUACUUGCUCGCGGCCACGCUCUACCCGUCGAAGAGACGCCAGAAGAUGUACCAGAAGAAGACGCAUUCGUGGUUGGAAAGUCUUCAAAGCCGCCUCAGAAACGCCACAUCAUCCCUCAAGAAGUCGUCGACAAAAAUACUCUCGUCAUGCCUGCAGCCUCACCCCAACCCACUACCAUCCAUCGUUACCUUGCCUCGCUAGACCUCAUCCAGAAACGCGCCCUCGUCAUGCACCUCUGCUCCCAGUCAUGCUGCGUAGAUCUCGUCGAGCGCGAUACCCUCAGUGGCGUAGACCUUAUCCUUGACGCCGACUCAGCAGUGCUCUAUUUCCCACUCACUUCGUUACCCACACAAUGCGAUGCAUUGAAAUUGUGCUUAGAUGGGCUAUCCUGGCGCUAUCGAAACCUUCUGCUUGUCUUUGAAUCGUUCCCGACGUCGCGGGCCUACGUUGCCGAGCACACGGAUGACGACGUAGGGAUCCCGAACAUGUUUUCACCGCCCGUCCUCAAGGCAAUCAAGAAACUACGACGCGACCUGGGGAUCUCAGACGCAUGCGAUCUGAAAAGAGAGAACACGGAUAUCGUAUUCGCGUUCGCGCGUUCGGUCUUCGAAGCCGCAAUAUUUGUGAGGUUGUUUGGGAACCGGGUAGAAAGGCGGUCGGGGACGGUAUGGGGGAGUCGGGAUUGGCUGGGUGAAGAAGUUAACGAGGCCCAGCAGGAUCUAGCCGGUGCGGACGGAAUGAACCAUUACGCAGCCGCUGCGAUAAUGUCGCACGUAUCCAUGGACGACUUCUUGAACAUGUCUGCCCAAGAGAGAUUGCAUUACUUUGCGUCUGUUGUCGGAGAAGACAGGGUAGUGAGCAAAUUCCACGAUAUUUCCGUGCUAAACAUUACCGACUAG